GCGGGUAAACAGACAUGGCCGACGAGGGAGACCCGCAGGACGCUGCGCACAACAUGGGCAACCACUUGCCGCUCCUGCCUGAGAAUGAAGAAGAAGAUGAAAUUGAAAUGGAAGUUGAAGACCAGGAUAGCAAAGAAGCCAAAAAACCAAACAUCAUAAAUUUUGACACCAGUCUGCCAACCUCACAUACAUAUCUGGGCUCAGAUAUGGAGGAGUAUCAUGGCAGGACUCUGCAUGAUGAUGACAGCUGUCAGGUGAUUCCAGUGCUGCCACAAGUGAUGAUGAUCCUGAUUCCUGGGCAGACUUUACCUCUACGGCUUUUUAGCCCUCCAGAUGUCAGUAUGGUGCGGAAUUUAAUUCAGAAAGACAGAACUUUUGCAGUUCUUGCAUACAGUAAUAUACAGGAAAGGGAAGCACAGUUUGGAACAACAGCAGAGAUAUAUGCGUAUCGAGAAGAACAAGAAUUUGGAAUUGAAAUAGUAAAAGUGAAAGCAAUUGGAAGACAGAGGUUCAAAGUCCUUGAGCUAAGAACACAGUCAGAUGGAAUCCAACAAGCUAAAGUGCAAAUUCUUCCUGAAUGUGUGUUGCCUUCAACCAUGUCUGCAGUUCAGUUAGAAUCUCUCAAUAAGUGCCAGAUAUUUCCUUCAAAACCUGGUUCAUGGGAUGACCAGUAUUCUUGUAAAUGGUGGCAGAAAUACCAGAAGAGAAAGUUUCAUUGUGCAAAUCUGACCUCAUGGCCUCGCUGGCUGUAUUCAUUAUAUGAUGCUGAAACCUUAAUGGAUAGAAUUAAGAAACAGCUACGUGAAUGGGAUGAAAAUCUCAAAGAUGAUUCUCUUCCUUCAAAUCCAAUAGAUUUUUCUUACAGAGUAGCUGCUUGUCUUCCUAUUGAUGAUGUAUUAAGAAUUCAGCUACUUAAAAUUGGUAGUGCUAUUCAACGACUUCGCUGUGAAUUAGACAUUAUGAAUAAAUGUACUUCCCUUUGCUGUAAACAAUGUCAAGAAACAGAAAUAACAACGAAAAAUGAAAUAUUCAGUUUAUCCUUAUGUGGGCCAAUGGCAGCUUACGUGAAUCCCCAUGGAUACGUGCAUGAGACGCUUACCGUAUACAAAGCAUGCAACUUGAAUCUAAUAGGCCGGCCUUCUACAGAGCACAGCUGGUUUCCUGGGUAUGCCUGGACUGUUGCUCAGUGUAAGAUUUGUGCAAGCCAUAUUGGAUGGAAAUUUACAGCCACCAAAAAAGACAUGUCACCGCAAAAGUUUUGGGGUUUAACUCGAUCUGCCCUGUUGCCCACAAUACCAGACACGGAAGAUGAAUUAAGCCCCGACAAAGUAAUACUUUGUCUGUAAGUGGACAGAGGGAAAGGUAUAUAACAAAUGAGUAUUCUCAAAUCAGAUCUCAAAUUAUUGCCUGUGAUGGAUAUACACGUAAGUAACAGUUUCUUAGUUAAGGUGUAUUUGAAAAUUACACUUUCAGAGAAGAUGAAAAGCAGUCUAGAAUACAAGCUUGGUGUCAGGACAGCAAAGCAUCACUAAAAGUGAAAAUGUUUGCUGCAUAAAACAUUUUAAUUAAUCAUCUGAUCGAUCCUGUGUAUGGGACAGCAUAUUGGCACAGUGCUGUAAAUGAAAGCUGGGGUGCCAAGUCUCUUCUUCAAAGAGGCAAAGCAGUGUACAUUAUUUUAAAAGGACUCUAUUCUUUUCAACUUUAACUUCUCUCAGAUAUUGAUUUGUAAAUUCUGAAAAUAUUAAAUAUGCAGUUUGAGCUCAAAAAUAAUUUUCCUUUCCUUUAUGUUUCUUAUUGAAAAAUAGUGUGUAUUUGCACUAUUUAGUUGAACCUAAACUAUUGUGGAACAGAAGUGACAAAGCACAUCCCUCGAAUACAAGCCAGAGAUGAUUCUGUAUGUUGUGAUCAGUUUUAUUCAGUGUAAAUAAAGAAGAACUUAAAGCAGGAUGACCCAAACUAAUAAACAUGUUCUUUGCUUAAUGUAAAAGACAUUCAGAAGAGAGUAAUGUAGAUAAAAGAAAUAAUUUGUAAGAUAAAAUUCUAGAAAGACUGCUGUCUGACCUAUACCUCUUUGCUGACAUAUUCAAAGGUUUAGUGGAUCCUUUUACAUUUGUGUAAUUAACUGGUUUUAUGAUAUUCCUUCACUACUUUACAUAAUUCAUGCUAAUCAGGUAAAAUGUUUAAUCAAAGUAUAUUGAGGCCAGGAACAGACUGUUGACCUUCAUUUAUAAACUUUAUGUGAGUAAAUGAAAAUAAACUCCACUUGCCCUGCAAAACUUAUUUUUAACGCACAAUAGUAUUUUUACCUCUGCUCUCCAAAGGGUGCAAAUCUCAGCGUAUAUUAUUUGCUAAUUUUUUUCUGAUACGUAAAAAUAUGCAUGACACUAUUUAAAGGGGUUUUAUAUAUGGCAAAGCCAUGUAUAGCUAAAUGUGCACAUUUAUGGUCCAGACAUUCUAGUACUACUUAAAUAUUUCAGUGUAUUUUGUAAAACGUUUAGUUACUGACCUGGGUGCAGUUGUUUGAGGCUCCCCUUUC